GUAUGAUUGAUCAUCACUGUUUGGAAUCAGCAAUCUUAAAGUUCGGGGCGUCUUUUCACAAAGGGGUAUAAGAACUGGUCAGAAAGCCGUUUCGCAUCAUCGCGCUCACUUGUUUAGACUUUUGGUUAUCCGCAGUUAAAAUCAGACGCUAUCUACAUCUUAUCUAUAACAUUCAAAAGCAACCACAUCAUCAUGCGCAGUGUCACUCUCCUCCCCAUCCUUGGUGCCAUUUCCGUCACUGCCAUGGACAUUAUUGAACCGCGUCACAUGUCCCUCAUCUCUCGUCAACUCGACUCAUCAACCAUCCCUGCCGCAUGCCAAUCUACUUGCCAAUCAGCCAUGUCCAUCUACAGCGACUGCACGAGCGGUGACACCAGUGGCUGUCGGCAAGUCUGCCAGCAGAGCAUCUUUAACGAGUUUAUCGACUGCCUUGAUUGUACGAGCGAGCAGCUCGCAAUGACUACUUCCGAACAGAGCUUGUUGAACAGUGCCGUUGAACAGUUGAAAGAUGUUUGUGGACAGACUGGAUCGAGCGUGACUGGUACACUUGCAGGCGUAUCCGUCACUACUAGUCCCAUCGCCUCUGGCUCUGCUGCCGCUAGCGCUACAUCUGCCGUUUCCGACAUUCUCAGCUUCACUUCUGCCGCUUCUGGUAUCACUAUUGGCAGCGGCGUUUCUGGUACUGCCUCUGAAGCCGUCACCACCACGUCUUCAUCCCCCGGGGUUGCUACCAACGCUGCCACUUCUGGCGCUAACAGUGGCGCCGUGGGCGAGGCCAGUGCCGCUUAUCCCGUGAUGGGCGGUAAGCUUGUUGGAUCAGGUGUUGCAGCAUUUGUUGUCAUUGCCGGAGCCUUGUUCGUCCUUUAAAACUCUUUUCAUCCUGCCAUGAGGGAGCAGUAAAUUUGGGACUGAAUAGGUACUUCUCAAUACCGGCGGUUAUAUGUCGUCGUGAAGUCUUGAUGUGUUAUUUUUUUUGGUAUCUCUUGAAUAAUAGGACGUUGUUUAUGAAAGUCAUGCGAACUGAUAGAUCCG